AUGGCCCCAUCCAAAGGACGUGCAUCCAUGCAAGAGGCUGCAUCCGACAGGAAUGGAAGAGGCUUCGCUGGGGCCUGCUGGAAUUCUUGCUGUGGAAAGCAAGAGGAGCGGGGGCUGAGGGUGAGCGUCCCGCUUCCCCAAAGGCCUAACCCAGGGUUCCAGCCGCAGGCCCCACUGGGCAGUGCGGGGCCCCGCCCGCCCGCCCCUCCAGGCCUGGCACUCGCCCUCAGCAAAGAUGGCGCGGACGGUCUCAGGCGCCUCACGCGACCCAUCCGCCGGGCUCCUCCGGCGCUGCUCUUAGCCCCGCAGACGGCUGCCGAGCGGUGGAGGGGAAAGUGUGAUCCGAGGCACGGCGGUGGCUGCGCGCUGGCGCUGCAGGGCUGGAUGCUGUAUCCCCGGGAGAGCCCGUCGCGGGAGUCCAAGGAGCUGGGCGGCCUCUGGAGCUUCCGCGCCGAUUUGGACAAUCGACGCCAGGGCUUCGAGGAGCAGUGGUACCCGCGGCCGCUGCGGGAGCUGUGGGGCAGGGCCGGGAGGCGCCCGGAAGCCCGGCGGUGGGAGGGGGGAGCCCCGGUUCCCUGCAGGCGCCUUCCCCUGGGCGCCCCGGAGCUGGCGCCCUACAGGAAGUUAAAGGUCAAUGGGCUUAGGGGCGCAGGCUUGGGGGACGGGGAGACCGGGGGAACUGGGGAGGGCCGAGGCGGGAGAAGAAGGAAGCGCUGCUGCCGAACCCUCUCACGAGACGAAGGGUGAGCCCGGGCAGUGUCUUUCUUUUUAAUGUUUAUUUUAAAUUUUAAAAAUUGUUUUGAGACUGGGUUUGGCCCUGUCGCCCAAGCUGGAGCAGAGUGGUGUAAUACUAACUUCUGAGCUCAAGGGAUUCUCCCGCCCCAGGCUUGCAAGUUAGCUGGGGCCACCACGCCUGGCUAUUAAAAAAAAAAAAACAAAACCUUGACCAGACUUGGUGGCUCACGCCUGUAAUCCCAGCACUUUGGGAGGCCGAGACAGGUGGAUCACUUGAGGCCAGGAGUUCGAGACCAGACUGGUGAAACCCCGUCUCUAUUAAAAAUACGAAAAUUUGCUGGGCAUGAUGGUGCACACCUGUAAUCCCAGCUACUCGGGAGUCAGAGGCAGGAGAAGUGCUUGAACCCGGGAGGCGGAGGGUGCAAUGAGCCGAGAUCACAGAGCCACUGGACUGCACUCCAGCCUGGGUGACAGAGUGAGACUCCGUCUCAAAAAAUAAAUAAAUAAAUAAAUUGUUUUUUCUUUUUUAAAGAUAUAGGUCUCACUGCAUUGCCCAGGCUGGUCUCGAACUCCUAGCCUCAAGCCAUCCUCCCACGUUGACCUCCCAAAGCACUGAUUACAGGCAUGAGCCACACAGACACUGGUCUGGCCAGAGCGGCAUGUGCUGCACAGAGCUGGGAGGAGGGAGACAGUUUAGACCUCCUGAGGUCAGCUCUGCUGAGGCAGGAAGGUCCCUUGGUUUUCAAGGUUCAGGUUGAGGACAGGACAUGAUAUCAGGCCAAGGACACCACCCCUGUUUUCCUCCUAACUUGGAUAUGGUCAGCAGAGAAGGGGGACCGGGUGAGGUCUGGGCCGCGUUUUCCUUGCUUGCAUCCCCUUAGAAAAACUGCAGCAUUCAGUACAGGAGGAAGAGAGAAGAGGGCUGGGUGCCAGCGUGCGUCCCACUCACAGUGUCCUAAGCAAAGCCCCGCAUCCCCCCAAACAGUCUUCCUCCCUGUGACAGGCAGUGGGUCAUCUGUCUUGGGAGAUAUUGGGCCCCAUCCACUCCGAAGAGGAACUCUUGGCCCCGCUAGUCCAGGUGCACAAACCGCCUUGGCGAUUGAUCUGUCCUCAGCAAGUUGUCUGUCCGUUCUGCCAAGAGUCCCCGCUAUGUGUCAGGACUUGCACUAGGCCUGGGGGCACAGCUCUGCAGCACACUGGCCCGGGAUCUUUUUGGGGACCUAGGAGGUGAGCGCGGCUGUUCUCUCCACCGUCGGGCCCCACCCUGGGCGUGCCGGUUCCCUCCAGGUUCAACGACAUCUGUCAGGACUGGUGGCUGCGGCAGUUUGUUGGCUGGGUGUUGUACGAACAGGAGGUGACCCUGCCGGAGCAAUGGACCCAGCACCUGCGCACAAGAGUGGUGCUGAGGAUUGCCAGUGCCCACUCCUAUGCCACUGUGGUCAGUGCAGCCAGGAGCAGGCAGGGUAGGUGGGUGGGCAUGGCUGCUGAACAGCAUGGGACCCCCAGCAGCCACCUACAGCCUGUCUCCUGGGGUGGGAUG